UGAAUUAUGAACAUCAGACUUAGCCAACUAUUUCCUUAGCCGAAUGAGCUUUUCUUCAACUGUCGUGAAUGACGAAUCGGCAGUGGCGUCAAUUAGUGAAAUGAGCCGAGAAACACACACCAGCAGCAGCAGCACUUCGCAGAGUCGGUGAGUCAGACAAGCAGGUGAAAGAAGGAAACAGGACGCAGCUGCAGUUCGCAGAUCACGGUCAAAGCCAGCACAGAGACACGUUGUUUUAUAUCUGUCUUUCCUCUCACUCCGUCACACCUCCUGCCUGUUGCACACUUUGUCUGCAGUAGUGGUUCUGUCGCGCUACAAGCAUGGCUGCCAUCAAGGCUUUGGAGCAGUGGUGUAAAAUGCAAUGUGAGGGCUACAGAGAUGUGGCCAUCACCAACAUGACGACUUCAUUCAGGAACGGGUUGGCUUUUUGUGCGCUAAUACACAAGUACAGACCGGACCUGAUAGACUAUGACUCACUCAGAAAGGAGGACGUGUUUGAGAACAACAGACUGGCUUUUCAGAUCGCAGAGGAGAAGCUGGGGAUCCCAGCUUUGUUAGAUGCAGAGGACAUGGUGGCUUUAAGGAUCCCAGACAGGCUGAGCAUUCUUACCUACGUCUCCCAGUACUACAACUACUUCAAAGGACGGCCUCCCAUGGGAGGUGUAAAAAGGCCAGCAGAGGGCUCCAAGGAGGAGCCAUCGGAGAAAAAAAACCUCCCAGUGGUUGCCAAAAGCUUUGUAUCUAAAACUGCCACUGAGAGUUGUUUACCUUCCACUCACACAGCUCAGACCUCACCCAAAUUGGCAAGAGCUUCUACUCAGAAGGUAGUUUUGGCUGAAAACCCCAACAAAAACGGGACUCUCAAUAGCAAAUGUGUUUCAUGCAAGGGCCAUGUUCAUCUUGUUCAGAGGCACUUUGUGGAAGGCAAGCUCUAUCACAGAAGCUGUUUCAAGUGUGGCGAGUGCGCCAGCGUACUCCAUGUAGGCGGUUACAAACCUGGGACGGAUCCAGACACUUUUAUCUGUAACUCCCACCAGAACACUUCCAAGACUUCCUCCUCUGAGGCUCUGAUCAAAAAUGGUCUCACCAGUUCAGCUGCGCGACCACUAAAUGAUGCCAGCCUAAAACGGCCUUCACCACACCCCCCUUCGGUGUUGUCAGCCCCACUGAAUAAUGUUUUGAAACCAGUUGCUCCUACUCCAACCUCCCAGUCCUGGACGGCCUCAGCCCAGAAGACACAGGCUGCCCGGCAGAAGUUUUUCCAGACUGUGCCACAAGUUACUGAAAUCUCCAAAGUCAACAACAGGAAGCCAACAGAGCAAUCAAGUGUUCAAGUAAGGCCAAAGGUCCCGACUGAUGAUGAUGAUGAUGAUCGAAAGAGCCAGUCGAGGGUAAUGGUUGGAAAAAAACUAGCAGAGCAAAACUACAACAAUAAUAACAAACGCCCAUUUACAAUCCGAUCGGCGGAUGAGAGAUGGUUUGGUGAUGAGCCAAGUUUAGCUGACAGCUCUGCUUUGAAAAAGGAUAAAUGCAGCCAAGCCUCAGCAGGAAACUACGCAGGACAGCCCUCCACCACUCAGGCAAACAAUAAGGAAUUGCCAUGUCUAAAGGCCAUCAAUAAAGACAACACAGGGCCAACAACUGUACACAAAACCACCAAAGAUCCAGUAUACCAUGAGUGGCAAAGAAAACCUGUUAAAACCGAACUCGGGCUAAAAGAUGCUAAAGCUUUUACUGAAAAUCAUAAAGCUGAAUUCAUGUCCACACCUCCAUCUAAUGUCUCAAUUAGUCCAACAAGGCUUCCUCUGGCUCAAACACCUGCAGCACCAGGAGUUAGCUUUGCUCUGUUUGAUCCUGCGUGCUUUAGGGAAGUCAGUCCCCAGAAACCUCAGCCUGCCUCUGAAAUCCUAGAUUUUAAAUUUGGGAGUUGCUUGCCUGUGAAAUCCUCACCCAGACUGCCAGCUGUGAAAUCUAUUAGCUCUUCAACUACUUUUCCAGCCAAUCAUGGAAAUCCAUCAGCUGCUAAAAAGGGAAAGUAUUUGUCACCCACCAACGCCUCCAGGACUGAAAUGAGGUCACCCUCUGUAAGGUCUUAUCAUAUCCCAAUGGAGCAGAUUGAAAGGCAGCUGAAUGAUAUUGAGACAAACUUGGCUCAUUUGGAGAAGGAGGGUGUGGAGCUGGAACAGAAGCUUCGAAGCUGUGAGGAAGAUGGAGAAGGUGACAUCUUGAUGGACCCACUGAUGGUCGACUGGUUUAACCUCAUUCGAAAAAAACAAAUGUUCGUUAGGAAAGAAUCGGAGCUCGUUUACAUAGCCAGGACUCAAGAGCUGGAGCAGCAGCAGCCAGGUGUUGAGGGGGAACUUCGCAGGCUGCUCGAGAAGCCAGAUCAUUUAAAGUCCAGAGAGGAACAACGGCAGGAGAAGAAACUAAUGCAGAAAUUGAUGGAGAUCGUGGAUGGCAGAAACGCAAUUGUGGAGGGUCUCGAUGAGGACAGGCUGAGGGAAGUGGAGGAAGAUCAGCAGUUGAAUAAAAUGAUGCAAAACCUUGGAGUGAAGAAAGCCAAAAAUGAAAGGAAAUCCUCCAUCUCAAAACUGUUCAGGCGAAGAAGUAAAAGACGCUUUGAAUGAUCCUAAAGGGGAUUAUUUGAUUUAUUUAUUUUUAUUUUUUACUAAAUUGUCAUUAUUUCUAUUGUAUUAAUAUUCCAUUUAAAAAUUUAACUUUUUUUUAUGUAUAAUUUGUGCUCAUGGGAAAGAUAACAGAAGAGAUCUCAAAUUAGGAAGAAUGUACCAAGCCAUAUUUUGUCUAUACACCAUUUGAAGAAAAAAAAGAAAAAAAAAUCGGUGCAAAUGUUUUUGUUUAGAAAAUCACUUUCAAUUCUUGGUUUGUUGCUACUCCACUGUUGUUCCACUGUUAAGGUUGUUCGUAUAGAAAAUUCUCAUUUUUCUGUUAAUAUAAUUUCAGUCUCACUAAAGUAAAAUGAAUAUCACAUUUGGGGAUAUACUAAUUUGUAUAGAUAUAUAU